GAACAAAACAGAAACUAUCGAAAGAAAAAUAGAGGAGUUACAUUACUAAAGAAACAGGAGUAAAACCAGAGAGAUCGAAUGGCUGCGGAGGGAAAAGUAAAGCUUCUAGGGUGCUGGGCAAGCCCUUUCAGUCGCAGGGUCGAGAUGGCUCUCAAACUCAAAAACAUACCAUACGAAUACUUGGAGGAAGCCUUGCCCAACAAGAGUCCUUUGCUUCUUGAGCUAAACCCUGUUCACAAGAAGGUUCCUGUUCUUGUCCACAACGAUAAAAUAUUACCCGAGUCACAUCUAAUCCUCGAAUACAUCGACCAAACAUGGAAGAACAAUCCAAUUCUACCUCUAGAUCCCUAUGAGAAAGCCAUGGCUCGUUUCUGGGCCAAAUUCGUCGAUGAGCAGAUUCUAACUGUAGGAUUCAGGUCCCUAGUAAAAGCAGAGAAGGGUAGAGAUGUUGCUAUUGAAGAGGCUCGAGAAAUGUUUGCGUUUCUUGAGAAGGAAGUCACUGGAAAAAAUUACUUCGGUGGCAAGACAAUCGGAUUUGUGGACAUGGUCGCAGGAAGUAUAAUCCCGUUUUGUUUGGCUCAGCUUUGGGAAGGUAUGAGAAUAGAUGUGAUUCCAGAGGAAAAGUUUCCAGAGCUAAACAGAUGGAUCAAAAAUCUGAAAGAUAUUGAGAGCGUGAGGGAAUGUAUACCUGAUAGAGAGAAACAAAUUGAGCACAUGAUGAAAGUUUCAGAGCGAUACAGAUCAGCCUAGACGACAAAAAUCAUCUUAUUUCAGAAAUAUUUACUAUUUCUGCUUGUAUGGCUGUGUUCUUUAAGCUUUUCAAAUAAAAGUGAGGUGUAGCCCCGUACUUGUAGUGGACACUUGUGUGAUAAUGAUAGUUUAUAUAUGACAAUAUUUUAUAUGUUUGUAUUUUGAUUUGUAAGAUAUAAAGUGGGUAAUUGAUAGACACUUCCAUCCACUUGGAGGUUUUAUAUAGAAUUAAGAUGUCUC